AUGAAGCCGGAGCAGCGUAACAUUUUGGUGUGGUACACUGAAGGCAGCCACUGGAUUAACAUGAAGCCUGUGCUCGAGAUGUUGGUCGACAGGGGACACCAGGUGAAGGUUCUGGUGCCGAGCACGUCCAUGUUCAUGAACUUUAGUGAACCUUCUCACUUUGGCUAUGAACCCUUUAACGUCUCUGUCUCAUUGGAGGCUAUUGAAGAGUUUUUUGAAGAAUAUCUUCGCUUCUCAAUGUAUGAAAUGGACCAUUUGAGCUAUGUUCAGCUUUACAUCAAAUACAUGGAUAUGAUGAGGGUCGACCUGCAAUAUUCUUUGAAGUUUUUGGACGGUGUGCUGAAAUCAGAAAUCCUCAUGAAGAAGAAGCAAAGAAGCAGCUGGAAGGUUGAUAUGGAAGAGUUUGUGCAGAGCUCUGGAGAUGCUGGCAUUGUGGUCUUCACCUUGGGAUCCUUCAUCAAGAACAUUACUACAGAGAAGGGAGACAUGGUCACUUCAGCUCUUGCUCAGAUCCCUCUAAAGGUCAGGGGACAAUCUCUACCGUACUACAUCGGACUUAAAUGUCCCUUAAGCACAAUGUUAUCUUAUGUGCUGUGGAGAUACAGUGGAGAAAAAACAGAAACUCUGGGUGCCAACACCAGAGCUUUCAUCACCAAUGGUGGCACAAAUGGGAUUUAUGAAGCCAUCUACCACGGUGUUCCCAUGGUGGGCCUCCCGCAGUUCGCUGACCAGCCAGACAACAUGGUCCAUAUGAAAGCUAAAGGAGCUGCCAUAAUCGCAGACUUGAACUUCAUGAAGACUGAGGAGCUUAGAGAUGCAGUCAAUACUGUCAUCAAGGACAAAUCGUACAAGGAGAAUGCCAUGAGGCUGUCCAGCAUCUUCCAUGACAAACCAAUGAGUCCUCGGGAUGAGGCUGUGUUCUGGAUCGAGUUCAGUAUAAGAAACAAAGGAGCGGCGCACCUGAGGGUCCAGGCUCAUGAGCACACCUGGUACCAGUAUCACAGCCUGGAUGUUGUGGCCUUCCUCUUCACCACUGCUCUGUUCCUCAUAAUUCUCUUCGUCAAGACGUGCAAUUUCUGCAUCCGGAGGUGCUGUGAGAGAAAGGGAAAGACAAAGAGGAAGGCUGAGUAAAUGAUUGAAUUGAAAUGUAGCUGGUAAAACAAUUUUUAAAACUGACUCAUGGCAUAAACAUGAGUUCACUUGUAUACUGUCAUGUUCCACCAAGGAUGUAUUUCUGGGUUAAGAAGAGUAAUUAACACAUCAAAAAGGAAAGCAAUACACUGAAUAGGUAAAAAAAAAAAAUGUAAAUCAGUUUUCAGUGUUGUAAUGACACUCCUGUGUCAUGUGUUGAG